UUUCGAAUAGCAGGACUCUCGCACUGACAUCAAACGUAUCUUUUGUACCACCACCAUGACACACUUACCGUCUGAAGCCUAUCUCACCACCACGUUCAUGCAUCCUUCAUCGAGCGGCCCAUCUUCACCUAAAUUACAGUUGCAAUUAUCCAUCCCAAUACCAACACGAGAUCCCGUCUACUACAUUUCCGAUGGCAACACUGUCCUUUUAGUCGAGACUACGCUCUUCAAGGUCCACCGAUCGACAUUGACGAAGGACAAGUCGACCUUCGACAGCAUGUUCUCUCUCGAUUCCGAUUUGCGCUCUAGUUCGGGUCAAAGUUCCAGCUCUAGCGUCACUGCAGGCGCUGAAGGUGAAAGUGACGAUAAUCCAAUCAGACUUCAAGGUGACACUGCGGAUGAAUUUCGGGCUCUGUUAUGGGCUUUGUAUGCUUUACCUCACGAGCUAACAGUCGCACUGACUCCCAAAGCCAAUCAUCUUCAGCUGUUCAAUCUCUCGCGUAUCACACAUAAAUACCAGUUUCGGUCUAUCGAAGCCUGGGCUCUCACAGCGCUUACCAACUACUACACUCGCCCUUCGCAUUCUCCCUCACUUGAUACUUCUGAUGAACCGAGCCUUGUACAACUCACUGAACUAGCCUCCCUCUGUGAGCAGCGUGACCUACUCGAAGCAGCUACAGUGAGGUGGAAGCGCCAGUUGGCCUGUGGGAAAGAUGUUGGGCUUGCGAUUGGUGUAGCAGAGCGUCUUAACCUACGUGGACUCCUUGGACUAGCGUAUCACGCCAUGUUGCUGCAAGGCCGCGAGCACUGGGACGCAGACCCAUUGCUCACUCGUUCUCAACGCGUUCGCCUUCUUUCGGGGCACUAUGCCCUUGGUCGAUUAUGGGAGCGUCUGCCUAAUGAACCUCCCACGCUUGCGCAUAGCCCCAGAUGCACAGGCGGUGCACAGGUGCGGUGCAAUCAGGCAUGGGCAGCAUUGUGGCGCUCCACGCUUGAUAUGGGCAAGCAAGUUCUACCGCUGCAGUACGCGGACAUUUUGGGGAAGAUCAUGUUGGCGGAGAGUGUGGUGAAGGCCCUAGUGGAGCGAGAGAUUCCAACACAGGGGAUGUUGGAUGCCAUGCCGUGGUGCAAGGACAACGCACUGGCUGCGACUGCGGGGAAGGUGAAGGAGAUUCAGGAUACGUUGGCCGACUAUUUCACCGAUGUGCUGUAGUGGUGCUACUCGCGAUCGCUAGCAGCGGGUUUCUGUCUAUCCUAUCACUGGAAGCCUCGGAUAGGGUUCGAUGUAAUACAGCCAUAUUCUCUCAGGUGAUGCUGCCCCUGAUGCUGGGCGCUGAUUUGUGACGUGGUGUCCAGUAAGCUGAGGCAACUUGACUUGAAGUAAUGUCAGCCC